AUGGUACUUUUGACACACAAUAUAUAUGCAACCGACAAUAAAUCAUCUUACUUAGCUGUUGGCGGUUUUAGCAACGACAGGCAACUUGAUACUGUAGUCACUAAUUCUGGUAACAGCACUGUCAGUGUACUUUUGGGAUAUAGUAAUGAUUCUUUUGUAAAGCAUGCGACAUAUUCAGCUGGCACCCCUGCAAAACAUUUAGCUGUUGGCAAUUUCAACAAAGACAACCGAAAUGACAUCGUCGUCACUAAUCCUGGUAAGAACACUAUUAGUGUGCUUCUUGAAUUUGGGAAUGGCUACUUGGAAAACCGAGUAGCAUAUUCAACUGGCGCCUUUCCAAUGUGUGUAGCCGUGGGUGAUUUUAACAAUGAUACCUGUUUAGAUAUCGUUGUUGCCAAUUACGAUGACAAUAGUGUGAGUGUACUGCUCGAAUAUGGUAAUGGACCUUUUCAAAGUCAAACAACAUUUCCAACUGGAGCGUAUCCAUAUCAUUUAGCUGUCGGUGACUUUAACAGUGAUACACGGUCAGAUGUGGUGAUCGUAAAUAAUGAAGAGAGUACUGUUAGUGUUCUUCUUCGUUAUGAUAAAGGAGUCAUGAAAAAUGAAAUUACGUUUGCACCUAAUAUUGUCGUUGCUAAUGAUGGUACUAACAGCAUAGGUGUUCUUCUUGGCUAUGGAAAUGAUAGUUUUGAAAAGCAGAUGACAUUUUCAACGGGUUUAAAGUCUCAUCCUUACUCCGUAGCCCUUAAUGACUUCAAUCAAAACAAGCAAUUAGAUAUCAUAGUGGCCAAUCAAGGCACUAAAAAUCUUGUUACUUUACUGGGAAAGGGAAACGGAAUGUUUGAAAAUCAAGCAAGCCAUGAUGCAAGUUUAUAUUUCGCUCCAGUGACUGUUGGUUUGGGCGAAUUAAAUAAUGAUGGGCAUUCUGAAAUUGUUUUUGCAUAUGAUAAUUGUGAUUAUAUAGAUAUACUUGUUCCAUAUGAUACUGGAGCUUUUCCCCAACGCAUGACAUAUAUAACUGAUACUUGA